AUGAUCUUCAUCAAAUGUCUGGUAGCUACUGCUGUAGCGAUGUCGUGUGUAAAUGGUCAUGGCUACAUGUCGAAACCAGAAUCGACAUGGAGCCCUACGUCAGGUGACAAGACGCAGUUUAUUGCUUCCAUCGACUCGUCCACGUCAGGACUGCCCGGUACCUACAAUACGGCACCGGAUGCUAAUGUGGCCUCAUUCACAACAGCUUUCAAAGCCAGCAACUACAAAUCAAUAAAGGAAUUGAUUGAGGAUAAGGCCGUGAUCUCUGUUACUGGUGCAUCUCUCACUUGUGGAAAUGCUAAUCCUGAUGCCCCACCACAACCCUUACCAGAACAAGUUGAGUGGUCACACUCGGCAGAAGAAGGAUUUACUCCUUCUCAUCAAGGUCCGUGUGAAGUUUGGUGUGACAAUAAACAAGCAUUUCAUGACGAAAAUUGCGCUGCACACUUUACAACAGCUCCUGCUCAAUUAUCAUAUGAAAAGACCAUGUGCAGCGGUGCGAGCAAGCUGACACUGUACUGGAUUGCAAUGCACGGACCAAUUUGGCAGGUCUAUAUAAAUUGUGCAAAUAUUAGCGGCGGAUCUGGUGAAGCAGUGACGACGCAGCCAUCUGAUAACUCGAUUACUUCUCCUUCGACACCAGCGGCGACUCCUCUUGAAAGUCCGUCCUUGACCCCAAAUCCUCCUUCGACGAGCAAUACCCCAUCAACAAGCACUUCAACAAGUACAUCACCAUCUUCAAGCUUGCCACCAUCAACAAGCACUCCAACUUAUACCUCACCAACGACUGCCGACUCGGACGAGUCUGACUGUGGCUCGUAUGACAUCGCGGGAAAUGACGAUGCCCGCGAGAGUGCCGAUGAGAACCAAGAGAAUGUGACGCAGGUAACCACUGGUAGCGACUUCAGCCCAUCCAGUCCGAGUACUAUAGAUAACAACGUAGAUCAACAGAGUCCAAUGCCUAGUGGCGACAAUAGCGACCAAUUUUUUCGUUCCUGGGUUCAUCCGCAGAUGCGCAAAGCAGCUACGCUCCUGGGUUCAGCCGCGGGUUCGCAAAGCAGCUACAACUUCAAAAAUAUCCCAGGAAAGACAAGCACUGGCACCGUGAAGCCGCAAAACAACUAG